AUGGACUUCCGGGUACAACAAACACCAAGCUUCGGCUUGACAUCUUUUCCAAAGAGUAAUGAUGUCUUAACAACAAUGCAUGUUGAAUACGCCACUAUAUCGCCUCCUUCUAGCCAGAAUGACAGAAACCAUCCGCGUGAUCGGAAGCACCAUAAACAAGCAUCGAACGGUCUACCAUUUAUCUCGACCGGCGAAGUCCAGAAUGCAGAUGGCAGGGAUGGGUCUCCCAUGUGGAUUGUGAUCGAUGACAUUGUUUACGACGUGACCGACUUCGCAAAGCGGCAUCCUGGCGGACAGGCACCUUUACGGAACUUGAGCGGCAAGUCUUGUUCCUGGCAAUUCCACAAAAUUCAUUCCAAAAGCACCCUGGAAUCACUAGGAGCGGAACUUCGCGUAGGCCGAACAAGCAACGUUCCGAACCCCUACAAAGAGCCGAAGCCGACUUUUAUCCGACAGCUCUGGAAACCUUUAUUUUUAGCUUGAAUUGAGAUAUCAUAGCGUCGUGGCGUGGCAAUUCCUGUAUCAAAGCAUUUCGGAGACAUCUUUCGGAGAUGACUAUGUCCCCGCACGGAAUCCGGGGUAAACCUGGGGUAUUGCCGGUUGUCCGGUAAAUUUAAUUGACCGUUGUGGA